AUGGUUCCCUUCCUGUACCCACGCAAAGGCAAACCUCAUCCUCAACACCAUCUGCCUCACUCCCACGCCUUCUCACACUCGAGACCUCACAAACGUCACUCUCACCCUAGAGAACCAGACACAGAAACUUCUGAGGCUCACUCGAGAUCGGCAGACUUGGAAGCCUACACAGCAAAACUCCACCGCUGGACCCUCUGCCAACUCCACACCUCCUUCCCCGUAGUCCCUCACACCCUCUCCCGCCACAGCUCUCUACACACCACAUUUGUCUCCACACCAACGAUCGUCUCUCCCCUAUAUCCCACAAACUCUUCAUUGUACAACUGCAGUAUCAGGACACCAAAAUUGGAUGGUGCAGAAGAUGAAGAAGAGAUACUGGGUGAUAUAGGCACUACACCUUGCAAUACGCCCAAGAACAGAGGAUUAAGGAGGAGAAGUACAGUCGUUGCUGCAAAGGGAGGGAAGGUUAAGGAAGAAAUCGCUGAUGAGGGGGAGGGGCAGGCGAGGUUGCGACCGGUGGAGCUGAGGAGGAGUCUGAGUUGUGCUGGAUGA